CAAGGGCAUCAUAUUUACCUAAAUUAGUAUUGCAAGAAAAGGAUGUCCUCAUAGAAAAGAAAAAUAAUACUCUAAACAAAAAAGAAGAAACAAUUUGGGGGAGAGAGUAGUAGUAGCAAAAAGGGGAGGAUUGUUGUGUGAAAUUAUGGGUAUGAAGAGAUGGGUAACGAUAGCUGUAGUAGUAGCGAUAAUGGCAUGGAUGAAAGGAUUAAGCAGCCAAUUGGGUUUCGAAAAAGAGGCAGCCAUUGAAUGGUUAAAGCUAAUGUCUGAUCGAUUAGGAAAUUGGGCGAUCCCUGCUUAUGUGGCUCUUCAUACAAUUACACUAGCUCUUUGUCUUCCUUAUGCCGUCUUCUUUGAAGCUGGUGCUUCUCUACUUUUUGGCUUCUUACCUGCUGUCUUGUGCGUCUUUUCUGCUAAAAUUCUUGGCGCUUCUCUCUCUUUCUCCAUCGGCAGGUUUGUGUUUCGCAGUUCCAGGUCUGCUAUUGGGUGGGUGCAAAACAACAAAUACUUUCAUGUGCUUUCAAGGGGUGUUGAACGAGAUGGAUGGAAAUUUGUACUCCUUGCCCGUUUCUCACCUAUACCUUCUUAUGUCAUCAACUAUGCCUUAGCAGCCACCAAUGUCAGGUUCUUCCUGGAUUUCCUACUUCCAACAGCAAUUGGCUGCCUGCCAAUGAUCCUACAGAACACAUCUAUUGGCAGUCUAGCCGGUGCUGCUGUAUCAUCCGGCUCUGGAUCUAAUACAUCCAAUUUAUGGUCAUACAUCUUUCCUCUACUUGGUAUCUUAGCGAGUAUCCUCAUUUCUUUGCGGGUGAAAAAGUAUUCCAAGGAUAUCUCAGUCGCUGAGACAGUUCCUACAGACGAUAACGACAACAAUAGAUUGACUGAAAGGAAAAAAGGAGAAGACUCAAAGAAACAGUAAUAUAUCAUCUAUAGGUUUUGCAUUCCUUCUUUCCCUCUUUAAUGUCCCCCUGAUGGUGGUCGAAAGGUAGGGAUUUAUCGAGCCAUGGCUGACAUAACCCGUGCUCCCGUUGCAAAGGAAGAAAAUGAAUUGGGAUGAGAGCAUGGUGUUUUUUCCAAAAGAAGUUGAUAAUUUAUUUUAUCUUCCUACAUUAUGGUUAAGAAAUUUGAUGUUUGUGUAGACAAAAUCAAUUCUUGAAAUCAAAGAGACACUGUGACUGUCAUUAUAGAGAUUUAAGCUUAAUGGAUAAAUGGUUUAUAUUCUCUCCUUCA